CCAGCUAUUAUUACUGGUGUUUACAUGAUAGGCUAAAGUUACGUUAAUAUCAUCGGUAAAUGUAAAUAUUUUUUCAUAUUGGAAUGCCGUUUUUUUUACAUCAACUGGAUUGUUAUCGUCUUAGUUCAAAAGUCAUGAUAACGCAUUAGUGAUCCAGUUAAAGAAUAACCUUACGUGAACAAACAAACCAUGGUUAUAUUCUACACCUUAUUCUUAUUUUUAACCAUACUUUUCAACGUUUCUAAUGGAGAAUAUAAAUUCCAAACGAAAUAUAUUAAUGUGCCCAUCGAUCAUUUUAGUUUUGUUAAAAACGAUGUUUAUAAAAUGAGAUAUUUAGUGAACGACAGUUAUUGGCAGUCGGGAGGUCCAAUUUUCUUUUAUACUGGAAAUGAAGGCCCAAUCGACGUUUUUGCUCAAAACACCGGGUUUUUAUGGGAAAUUGCACCGAAAUUUAACGCUUACAUCGUCUUCGCCGAACAUAGAUACUACGGGGAAUCUCUUCCUUUCGGAAACACGUCUUUUUCAUCACCAGAAAAGUUGGGUUAUUUAAAUUCUCCACAAGCAUUGGCCGAUUAUGCUUAUUUAAUAAAAAACAUCCAAGAAGAUCUAUCGCAAAAAAAUGAAGGUUGGCGUUCCAAAGUGAUUGCUUUUGGUGGCUCAUACGGAGGAAUGCUUUCUGCUUGGAUGAGAUUAAAGUAUCCAGGAUCUGUGUAUGGAGCUUUAGCCUCCUCGGCCCCGAUUUUUGAAUUUAACGGCUUAACAAAAUGUGAUAAAUUUAAUCAAGUUUUAGCAAGUGUUUUCCAAACGGCUGAUUACGAACCAUUUUGUGUUACAAAUAUUAAAAAGACCUGGUCGACUAUUCGCGAAUUAACCAACAACGACGAUGGAAAAUCCUGGCUUUCUUCAACUUUAAAACUUUGCAAUCCUUUGAAAUCGUCGGGUGAUGUCAAAAAAUUGAUCGACUGGCUUAAAGAUGUUUAUGCAAAUUUAGCCAUGGUCAAUUAUCCUUAUCCAACCAGUUUUUUAGCACCACUUCCCGCAUAUCCAGUCAAAGCUUUUUGUGAAAAGCUAUCAAGAGAAUAUAACGGAAAACCUUUAAUACAAGAAUUAACCAAAGCUUUAUCAGUUUACACAAAUUACACUGGAACAACAAAAUGCGUAAAUAUCAACUCAACAUCUUCAAACGUUGAUGAAACAGCUUGGGAUUAUCAAGCUUGCACAGAAAUGAUAAUGCCAAUGUGUGUCCAAGAAAACAAAAUGUUCGAAUCUUCCCCAUGGAAUUUCACCCAAUACGCCGAAGAUUGUUUCAAACAGUUUGGUGUUAAACCUUCAAGAGAUGAUUUAGCCAUAAUUGAAUAUGGAGGAAGAGACGCUACAUACACAAACGUUAUUUUUACAAACGGCUUAUUAGAUCCUUGGUCAAGCGGAGGAUUUUGGCCUUCAACAUCAACUGCUUACGCCAUUUUAAUUCCCAAUGCCGCCCAUCAUUUAGAAUUGAGAGCUACCAAUCCUAAUGAUCCCAAUGAAGUUGUUUACGCCAGAAAACAAAUCCAAGAUAUUAUUAGCGCUUGGAUUACACCUUAUUCAAAGUUUAAGUAAUUUUAUUAAAUAAUAAUAUAUUAAUGAUCGUUCAUUUUAUUGUUUUAAGUGAAUCAUCAGAAAAUAGGUUGUGAUGAUCUUUUUUUGUUGGUAAUAAAAUGAAUUGUAAAGGAAUUUUUUUUAAUAAAAGAAAUUAAUUAAUA